UCUUUCUUUCCUUCCUUCUCUCUCGUCGGUUCUCUCUCCCUCUAUAUAUACAGUGUAUAUAUCUUUCUGUCGGCGGUAGCUGUCGCGUUUUGUGAAAUAGUCAUCAUUGCUAAAGCUUAUAGUAAAGAACGCAUGGCUGCCAAUCGGGUACUCGUUUACGGAGGAAGAGGCGCACUAGGUAGCAAAAUUGUUCAGCACUUCAAAUCCAAAGGAUGGUGGGUAGCCAGCAUCGAUAUCGUUGCCAAUGAGGAGGCAAACGCGAACGUGCUGGUGAAGUUAUCGGAGUCAUUUACCGAGCAAGCAGGGCAGGUGACAGCAGAUGUGGCACUGUUGCUAGGGGACCAGAAAGUAGAUGCCAUCUUGUGUGUGGCAGGCGGAUGGGCAGGAGGAAAUUGCAGCUCAAAAGACUUGUACAAAAACACAGACAUGAUGUGGAAGCAGAGUGUGUGGACCUCUACCAUCUCUAGCCAUCUGGCUGCUGUGCACCUGAAGCAAGGGGGACUGCUGACUCUGGCUGGGGCUAAAGCAUCACUGGGUGGCACUAGUGGCAUGGUGGGCUAUGGCAUGGCCAAGGCAGCAGUCCACCAGCUCUGUCAGAGUCUAGCCGGAGAAGACAGUGGGAUGCCCCCUGGAGGUGUGGCUGUAGCCAUACUACCGGUAACCUUGGAUACGCCGAUGAACAGGAAGUUCAUGCCUGAUGCAGACUUUGGUUCCUGGACACCGCUGGAGUACAUUUCAGAAACUUUCUUCAAUUGGGCCACUGGUGCAGAUCGUCCAGCAUCGGGCAGUCUGAUGCAGCUCACCACUGUGGGAGGCAAGACGCAGACCCUACCCACGCAAUAGUGGAGAGGGAGGAGGAGAGAGCGGGUGGGCGGGCUAGUGAGCGGAAUGAUUGGGAGAGACUGUGAUAGGGUGGGUCGGGAGGGUUAAAAUGAGUCACAGGGAGAAAGAGGGGAUGAAUGCUUGAUUGAAGAUGUUCCCUCUAAGAACUAUUAUCAGUAUCUCAUAACAAACUGUUUGUAUUUUUGUGUCUUUUUGAUGUGGUUUUAAUACCUCUGUCUCAAUUUGAAUAAAACUCCAUGUGAAUCAUAA